AUGGCAGAUGUCGAAGUUACAACGGAGGGACAUUCCCUUGCGCUGAGACCAGAUAGAAAUCAGGCUGAAGCCUCUUCUUGGCGGUCUUCGGUUCCCGCAAGAUCGGACGCCGGUCACUCAUCGACAUCGCGAGACUCACGACCUGCACAUCUAUCUGCCGAUCUGCAUCGGGAAGAUCCGUGGCAGCCAAUUGUUCUCAGUCUAGACGGUGGUGGUAUAAGGGGAUUAUCCUCUCUGUACAUCCUUCAGCAUCUAAUGCAGAAGGUCAUGAUAGAGGAAGAACGUCAGGAAAGGGAAUCAGUUCCGAACGAAUUAGAUGCGUUGGCUGCGAGCUCAUCAAAUCAGUCACAUAGCGCGGCUAGGGAGCGCAGUGCGAGCGAUCAACAUCAAGAUUUGCGGCCUUGCCACUACUUCGAUUUCAUGAUUGGUACUAGUACCGGAGGCUUGAUCGCAGUAUUGCUUGGGAGGCUUCGACUUGACAUUGACACCUGCAUUCGUAUCUAUGAACAGAUUGGGACUUACAUCUUUGGUAGCCGGAGAUGGUGGGGCCUUUUGACAAAGUAUGAUCACAGAAGGAUGAAAAGGGCCAUCAAAAAGGUCCUCCAGGUGUAUUGCGAGGAGCACGCUCAAAACCGUCAGUGCAGAGGUGAUGAUCUGCUUAGGCAGUACGACUUCUCCCACCACGAUGGACCCUAUAAGAAUCAUAGCUGCAAAGUAGCAUUGAUGUCCAUACGUGAGGGCGAUCGAAGACACCAUACGCAAGACAAACAGUACUUAUUCCGCAGCUACGACCAUGUCAAGGCGCCACCAGAACAGUACAACCGUUCUAACGAUCUCGAGUUGAACCCAGGAACAGUACAGGAUAAUGCAACGACCAUCUGGGAAGCCUGCCGUGCAACUUCAGCAGCACCACUCUAUUUCAACAAAAUGACCAUCCGCGGCGUGCGCUACAUGGAUGGCGGUGUCGGUGCAAAUAAUCCCGCUGGAUACGCUCUUAAUGAGGCCCAACAGAUGACAUCCCGUGGUGGUAAAGCAGACAGCAACCGCAAACCGGCCGCUCUGAUCAGUGUUGGCACGGGCCACAAGGAUCCACAAUCACGCUUUCGGAAUAUUUUCGACAUCAUCACUUGGGCGCGGAAAAGAAUCACUGACACCGAAGAGGCCCACAUAAACACUGAAGGCAGGUGCAAAGAGCUGAAUGUUCCUUACUGCCGCUUCGAUGUGCAGGAAGGCCUGUCUAAGAUGAAGCUCGAUGAAUGUCGGCAAAAGAAAGCCAAGAAAGUAAAGAAGGACGAAAAGGGAAAGAUGGCUGUCAAUGGUGACACAGCAGUAAAAGCGAAUGGCGACACCACAGGUACAGCCAGUCCUAAGGCUGGUCAUGCCACCGCCGGAAAACCACUCUUCAACACCUGGCAACCGGAUCGAUACGAGUACGUCACGUACAAACGUAUCAAGGAGGAUACGAUCAAGUACUGCCAGAAUAAAGGGGGCUCUCAUGACAGCCCUGUAGAUGUUGACGCAGAGCUCACAAAGGCAGCACAGCUCUUGGUGUACUAUAGGAGGAGAAGAGAGGAGCUGACCCCCGAGGCCUGGACUCGUUUUCGAGAUCACCCUUAUACUCGAAUAACGAGUGUUCAGAGGAAUGCCAAUAGCGAGGCAGCAGUUGCGACUGAGGCGACGAUGUAA